CUCACUCAUAAUCACAAACACAAACACAAAAACAAUAUACUCAAAAUACAAUGGAGGCUAUGAUGCUGAAGAAGAGGAACGAAGAGCUAGAAAGAGCGCUGCAGAAGAGUCUAGAGAGAGAGGAGAUGAUGAAGCGAGAGCUCCUCUCAGGAUUUCACAGGCUCCGUGUCGCCGAAGAAGCGGAGGAGCAUCUCUGCUCUCAGCUGGGAGAAGUCGAAGCCGAAGCUGUGGAACAAGCCAGAAAUUACAGAUCAAGAAUGGAAGCUCUCAUGGAGCAGCUCUCUCUCGCUCAGACUCUUCUCCAGUCCGCCUCUCUCUCGAUCCCCUCUCUCUCCAGCUCCGAGUCGCUGUAAUCAUAUAUCCCCGAUUCUCGUUGAGAAGAAGAUUUUAUAUAUGUUUCUCAGCGAAUGGUUUUGUUUUGUUAAUUAGAAGCCGAUGAAGAAUAGUUAUGAGUUAUGUAAUUUAUGCAUGUAUAAUGUAUUUGUGCUGUUCUUGACUGGACUAUGUGAAAUUUUGUUCUUCUUGUUUAA